AUGCUGCCAAGUCCUGGUGUCUACUACUUCCCAUGGGAGAUCAACAGCUCAGUCCCAGAGGGGGAGGUGCUGAGGACGUUUGGCAGGUUAAGCUGCUACGACCUGGCCCGAUCCGAAGCCGUUCUCACCGCUCAGCACAGCUCAGCUCAGUACCAGGUCUGUGUUGAUACCAGGUUUGUGGAGCCAUUCCAAGCCCAGCUGGGAUCUUUGUACAUGGUCCUGGGAGAGGCUGAACACAGGGAAGAAACUUCCUGUCCUGUGGUAAAGGCAAGAAUAUUGACCUGCGUGGAAGGGAUGAAUGUGCCCUUGCUGGAACAAGCCAUACAGGAGCAGAGGAAAUACUUCAAGGAGAGGCAGGAGCAGAUGGGAAAGAGCUCAUCCUGA